UUUAAAGUGUUUAAAUCAACGCAACCAGAUCAGGAAGUUUCAUAGUUUUAACAAGCAGCGUAAAAGGGCUUCAUUAUUGCAGAAGAAAACGUGCUACAGCAGGGGUCCAAUCCAGCUCGUGGUGAUCGACUGUCCUCUAAUAAACACACCUGCCUUUAAUUUCCAAGCGAUCCUGAAGACCAUAAUUAGUUGCUUCGCGUGUGUUUGAUUAGGGUUGAUGCUGAAUUUUGCAGGACAGUCGAUCACCAGGAGCAGUAUCUGACAUUAAUGAAGGUCGUUUUUGACAAACACACAGAAACACUCCUGCUGGAGCAUCUGAGAUCCAUGUGUUAAUAAAGAUGGCGUUUAUUAAAGAGGAGAGUGAAGACAUCAGGAUUGAAGAAGUGUUCAGUCUGAAACAAGAUACCGAGGAACAAACAGACCUGAUGGCACUGAAAGAAGAGAAGCAAGAAAUGAAAAAGAUAGAACAGAAUGAUUUCAUGACUGUGGAAAAAUCCAUACAGGCUGAAGCAUCAUCACAAAAAAAAGCUCAGAAGACCAAAUCUAACAGUUGCUUCACCUGCCAUAAAUGUGGAAAGAGUUUCAAUAAAAAAUAUAAACUUAAAGACCACAUGAAAGCUCACACUGGAGUGAAACCAUUCACAUGUGAUCAGUGUGGAAAGAGUUUCAGAUGUAAAGCAAGCCUCAAAACUCAUAUGAGACUUCACACUGUAGAGAAGCUUUUUACCUGCAGUGUGUGUGGAAAGAGCUUCCCAUAUAAAUCACACCUUGACACCCACAUGAGAAUUCACACCGGAGAGAAGCCCUUUUCCUGCAAACUGUGUGGGAAGAGCUUCACAAACAAAUCACACCUAGAUUCCCACAUGAAAGUUCACACUGGAGAGAAACCAUUCACAUGUGAUCAGUGUGGAAAGAGUUUCAGGCAUAAGUUAACCCUUAAUUCACACGUGAAGAGAGAACACUCUGGAGAGAAUGCUGUUGUAUGCCGUCAGUGUGGAAAAAAAUUCAGCUGUGAAGCAAGCCUCAAAACUCAUACGAGACUUCACACUGUAGAGAAGCUUUUUACCUGCAGUGUGUGUGGAAAGAGCUUCCCAUAUAAAUCACACCUUGACACCCACAUGAGAAUUCACACUGGAGAGAAGCCCUUUUCCUGCAAACUGUGUGGGAAGAGCUUCACAAACAAAUCACACCUUGAUUCCCACAUGAAAGUUCACACUGGAGAGAAACCAUUCACAUGUGAUCAGUGUGGCAAGAGUUUCAGACAUAAGUUAACCCUUAAUUCACACGUGAAGAGAGAACACUCUGGAGAGGAAGCUGUUGUAUGCCAUCAGUGUGGAAAGAGAUACAGCUGUGAAGCAAGCCUCAAAACUCAUACAAGACUUCACACUGUAGAGAAGCUUUUUACCUGCAGUGUGUGUGGGAAGAGCUUCCCAUAUAAAUCAAAUCUUAAUUACCACAUGAGAACUCACACUGGAGAGAAGCCCUUUUGCUGCAAACUGUGUGGCAAGAGCUUCUCAAACAAAAGAGUUCUGAAGUCACACAUGAGAAUUCACACAGAAGAGAAGCCGUUUCUUUGUGAUCAGUGUGGACAGUGUUUCAGACAUAAAUUAACCCUUAAUUCACACAUGAGAACUCACACCGGAGAGAGUCCUUACACCUGCACACUGUGUGGAAAGAGCCUCUCAAAUAAAUCAGCCCUUAAUGGCCACAUGAGACGUCACACAGGAGAGAAGCCCUUCACCUGCACACUGUGUGGGAAAAGCGUCUCAAAUAAAUCAGCCCUUAAUGGCCACAUGAGACGUCACACAGGAGAGAAGCCCUUCAGCUGCACACUGUGUGGAAAGAGCUUCUCACUAAAGGAAAGUCUCAAGGGUCACAUGAAAACUCACACAGGAGAGAAGCCUUUCAUGUGUGCUCAGUGUGGAAAAUGUUUUGCACUCAAAAGAACCCUUACUAAGCACAUGAGGCUUCACUCAAGAGAGAUCUCUUUUGUUAACUGUCAUCAGUGUGAACAGAGAUUCCCGGACAAGAGACGCCUUAACUAUCAUGAAAAAAGCAAUUCUCGAGAGACAUCUUUCACGUGCCAUGACUGUGGAGAUUCAGAUUUAAAGGAAACCUUACAGUUCACAUGAGAAUCCACACUGGAGAGAAACCUUUCACCUACACUCAAUGUGGAAGGAGCUUCAGUCAGAGCAUAAGCUUUCAGACUCAUGUGAGGUUUCACACUGGAGAGAAGCCUUUCAAGUGUCUUCAGUGUGAGAAGAGCU